AAAUCUCAGAAAAAGAGUCAAAAAGAUCAGACAAUUAAUAGUUUCUUCCACGUCCCACGAAGAAAUUAUUUUCGGUUGUUAUGCUUUAUAGUUUAUACUAAUGGAGUUUUGCGAUAUCGUUUUGUUUGUUUUUAGAUUGUGGUUUUCAUGUAGUUCACGUUGAUUUGUUGCUAUACAGCAGUGAGAGCACAUAAUUUUUGCCUGCUGGUGGAUGAGCGAUAACAUUGAAUUAUGGCAGCCCAGCAAGAUGCGCCAUCAGUGCCUUAUCCCGAUUUUUCGGUUUUUAAGGCGGUGGCAAAGAACCAGCUGAUUCAUUUGUUAGAAUCGGUUCCGGAGCCGAAAGAUCUGGUGCUGGACGAUGAUUUAAUGCGUCCUCUGGAUCGCAUUGUUGGAGCAUCAGUUCUGAAGCAACAUGGAGUAUCAUGCAUUUACAAAUUGGAGAGCGGUCAUUUAUUGCAAGGUGCUGACAACCGGUUGUAUUUAUUCCGACCCACCGUGGAAAACAGUGGUCUCAUUGCGGAGCACAUCCAGGCCGAUCAACGCGCCCAUAAAGAACGUUUUUACCGUUUGGUUAUGGUGCCGAAACGAUCGGGAAUCUGUGAGAAAAUUCUGGAAAUGGCUGGCGUAUACAGUCGCGUUGUCUUUGACGAAUUCCCGCUGGAAUUAUUGGCGUUGGAUGACAAUAUUAUUUCCAUGGAAUAUCCCAGAUUUUUCCGGGAAUUCUUUGUUGACAAUAACUUCCAGUUUCUCUCCAAUGUCGCCCGCACCUUGGUGACUUUUGAAAGUUUAUUUGGAAAAUGUCAGGUGGUGCAUACCUUUGGACGUUGUGCGAAUAUAAUUUUCGGCAUCAAACAGAAGCAUCAGGAGGAACAGCAGAUAGGCGAUUAUAAUCGCAUUCCGUCGGAAGUGUCCACCUUGAUUAUGAUUGACCGGGAUGUGGAUUAUGUAUCCGCCCUAUUGUCGCCAUUGACAUACGAAGGAUUAUUAGAUGAACAUUUUGGGAUAUCCAGUGGUACGGUAGAUUUCGAGCCUGCCAUCACCGGUCAAGCCAAAUCAGUGAAGUGGAUUCUCAAUGACCAAGACGAGAUCUUCCGUGACAUUCGGGAUCGGCAUUUCGCUGCUGUGUUUGCGCGACUAAGCGCCAAAGCCAAAGAAAUUCAAGCUGUGUACAAUCAAAAGAAUGAUCUCAAGACUGUCAGUGAUAUGAAAACAUUCGUUUCCAAGCAUUUGAAAGGCAGCAGUUCGCAGCAUCGUUCUCUGGGUCUGCAUAUUGCCGCGUGCGAGUCCAUAAUGCAGCACAAAACCGUAGUGGAUUUCGAACGCCAACUGCGCUCAGAGCACAAUCUCGUUCAAGCUGUUGACCCGAAAAUCUGCCAGCAGUUCAUUGAAGAGUCAAUGAUGCGGUGUUAUCCCAUUGUGGAUGUUGUGCGACUUUUGUGCCUCUAUUCCCUUACAUGGGGUGGGAUUCCCAGUCGGAUGUUUACGCAAUGGAAAGAUCAAUUUCUCCAGAGUUACGGUUACCAACACAUGUUGACAUGGCACAACCUGAAACGGGCUGGAUUAAUAUCGGAGUUGAGCGCGUCUGCGUCCGUGAAUUUGUCUAAAGUGGGCAUCCGAAAGAGCCGGUUCGGCGCGGUGGCCAAGAAUCUUCAGCUCUUGCCGUCCCGUAGCGGCGACUGUGAUAUCCGUAAUCCACAGGAUGUGGACUAUGUUUUCAACGGUGCCUAUGUGCCGCUAAGUUGUCGUUUAGUCGAACAGGUGUUAUUAGUGGACAAACUGCCGGGAUUUGCGGAAAGCGCCAGAAAUUUUCAUUACUUCCAGCACACUCAAGAAGUAACGAACAAGUCAGAGAAUUGUCAUGGUAAUGUUAUGGUGUUCUUUCUCGGUGGCUGCAGUUAUUCCGAAGUGGCGUGCCUGCGUAUGCUCAGCAGAAAGCUCGGUGUGAAUUUGAUUAUAGCUUCCACGGCCUUUGUAUCCGGUAGCAAAUUUUUAACGAGUAUUGUUGAUGAUCUGUGAGGUGUCCCGUUGGGAGAGAACCGAGAGAUUAGUUUUAUAUUUCUGUUUUUAUUUUUCCCGAAAUCUUUAUUUCUGUAAUGAUGUAUUGAUUAAUGCGUAAAACGUGGUCAGAGCGUAGUAGUUCCAGAGUUGGCGAAAUGUAAUUUCUGCUUUGUUUCCAUAAAUCGAUGUUUCUGUGAUGACGUAGAAUGCCGUCAGAGCGUAAUAAUAAUUUGAUCUGUUGACUGUUGUAGUAAUACAUUUAUUUCGUAUCUUUGUUACAUAUUUUGUUUUAAACCAAGCAGA